GUUUUGAGCACGUGUCCAGUGUUUGAUAACAAACUUUGAAACAAAUUUUGGUUAGAUUUGUCUUAUAAUGGUAUAUAAAUAUGGGUAAAUUAAAGAAACAAAGAAAGGGAAAGAAAUUCAACUAUGAUAAGAAUAGAAGAAAGGAAUGGAAGAAGUCAAAGAAGUUGCCAAGCAUCGAAUGUGCUCAGAUAAAAAAGGCAUGGGAUCCUAAGAAGUCAAUGAGAAGAAACCUAGAAGAGAUGGGAAUUUCAGCUGAUCCCAACCAAACUAUAAAGAUUCCAAAAACAAAGGAUUUUUUAAUGGAUGAAGAAAAUGAUCAAGAAAGUGAAAUGAGAGAGAAAAAAGUUCAUAAAAAACAACCCAAGGAGCAUGUUGUUCAGGAGCUGGAGGAGGAGGCUAAUGUGCCACUAGAGAAGACAUUGAGACUGUCCUCUGAAGAGACAAAGUACUGUAUAUAUAUGAUGGAGAAGUAUGGAGAAGAUUACAAGGCUAUGGCACGAGACAGAAGAAAUUAUUAUCAAGACACCCCAAAACAGAUCAAAAGGAAAAUCAAGGCCUUUAUGAAUAUCCCAGAGCAGUACAAUGCCUACCUGGCCACCAAAGCCUCUUCCUCAGGAUGCAGUUCUUUCAUCCAUGCUCAUGUUGAAGAGAUCACCUUAAACAGACACGGACUGAACGAACCAGGAGCACCAGAGAACAAGCCAGACAACUGCACCAGUGAACUAGAAUUGUGUCUUUCUGAACCAAGUCACAAAAACUUGUUGCCAUCCAUUAACAGUGGUGUUGUACAGUCAAGUGGAGAAUCUGGUCCAGUUCCUUCAACUCCACCCUGUAAGAGACUUAUUGAGAUGCCAAAGAUUCCCCGGAGGGUGACUCGGACAUACCGUGCCAAGCGACGGAACGGGCAUUAUCUCACACCAACAUUUGGGGGGACACCAGUCAAAAACCCUAACAUAAACUCUGUAUACUCCAGGAAUGAAGUGCCUUUCCACAAAGUAAGAAGAAAACUGCAUUUUGGAAGAAAGCCACCCACAGACAGACACCUCAUCUCUGAGAUAGCAGCUGACAAAGAACCAUCAUCAUCUGAUGUUAGUGUCAAAAAGGAAGGCAUUGAAACUGCAAAGGAAGAUGGGAACAGAGAAGUCACUAUGGCAACAGAAGAAGAUGAACCCCUGGCUGUACCACUUGUCAAAGGAAACAAAAAUAAGACUGCCAGAGAACUCAAAAAUUUAAGUGACAUCAGUGACAUGCUGCCCAAUCGUCUUAGAUCCUCCACCAAGUUCUGUAGUGAAUCUCACAUGCAAGAUUUUACAUUUCAUGGCUUAAGGGCAUAGGUAUAAUACGUACAUGCAUGUCAUGCAAUUAUUGAGUGCCUAUGAUCUACACUUGAUGCUAUGAUGGAAAACCUCAGCAUUAAUUUUACUCUUCAACAUCUUGCCAUGUUUACUGCUUGUUAUAUAAUACAGGUACUGUUAAAAGUAUGCAACAAGUAAGUGCUUCUAUUGUCCAGGUAGACAAUUUUAACAGGAAUAAAAGUCAUUUUUAAGAUUGGAAAAAUACUCAGAAUAGAUGUAGAAACCAUAAUCUUUACUUUUAUGAUCAUUUUCUUGUUCAUUUUUUCUUGUCUUUGUAAGUUGCUGUAAGAUGAUCAGUCGAGUCCCAAAUAUACAUGGUAAUAUAAUAAGGCAACUAUAGUUUUCUUCCAGGUUUAAAUCAUUUCAUACUUCAUACUACAGUGUACAAUUUUUUGAGAAAAGAAUGGUCUUUGUACAGUUUAUAUUCACAUUUUUACCAGCUCCUUUCAAUUAAAUGUAAAUUGCUAUUCAAAUGUUUUAUAGUAAGGUGCAGUUUUAUCACCCCCCCCCCCCCUUCCAUGUUUUACUUAAUUUUUUUCCUGUACAUUUUAUACAUGUUUGAGAGAUAUUAUUUUUAUGAAGAGAGAAUGUGUGAUCUGAAGAGAUUUUUAUUUUGUGCUUAUCUUUGGAUUUUAGUAUUAAGUGGAUUGUUGUUACUUGUAUAUAUACAUAAUUAAGCAUUGGAACCUUGAAAAUUGGUUAAACAGAUUAAUUUUCAUUUUAUACAAUUAGGUGUUCCACAAGGCCAAGAUAGUGUUUUCCAGUUGAGUUUUUUUUUAGCUCACCUGAGCCAAAGGCUCAAGUGAGCUUUUUUGAUCAAAAUUUGUCCGUUGUCUGUCGUCGUCAUUGGCAUCGUCGUAAACUUUUCACAUUUUCAUCUUCUUCUCAAGAACCACUGGGCCAAAUUCAACCAAACUUGCCACAAAGCAUCCUUGGGUAAAGGGGAU